UUCUCUAUAAAUACUUACAGUACAGACACUGAUCACUAUCAACCCACAACGCAUACAGUAUACAGAUCGUUUGACAUCAUUUUAUUCCGACAGCAAUCAUCUCUGUCUGUCCCUUCCAAAGAUCGCACAUGGAAGCGAUUCCCAUGUCACAGAGCGGGACGCUGGGCCGCCACUUGGCUCGCCGGCUGGUUCAGAUAGGCGUGAGCGACGUCUUCUCCGUUCCCGGCGAUUUCAACUUAACUUUACUCGACCACCUCAUCGCCGAACCCGGCCUGAAUCUGGUCGGCUGCUGCAACGAGCUCAACGCCGGGUACGCCGCCGACGGCUAUGCGCGAGCCAAAGGAGUCGGCGCCUGCGUCGUCACAUUCACCGUUGGUGGCCUCAGCGUCCUCAACGCCAUCGCCGGGGCGUACAGCGAGAAUUUACCGGUCAUCUGCAUUGCCGGCGGCCCCAAUUCUAACGAUUAUGGGACUAACCGAAUUCUGCAUCAUACCAUAGGGCUGCCGGAUUUCUCUCAGGAGCUCCGAUGUUUCCAGACCAUCACCUGUGCGCAGGCGGUUGUUAAUAACUUGGAUGAUGCCCACGAAUUGAUCGAUACGACGAUUUCGACAGCCCUCAAGGAAAGCAAACCAGUGUACAUUAGCAUAAGCUGUAAUUUGCCUGGUAUUCCUCAUCCAACGUUUGCCAGAGAACCUGUCCCAUUUUUUCUUGCACCAAUGACCAGCAAUCAGCUUGGCCUGGAAGCUGCAGUGGAAGCAACUGCCGAAUUUCUGAACAAAGCUGUGAAACCAGUGAUCAUAGGAGGCCCCAAGCUUCGGUUUUCCAGGGCGCAACAAGCAUUUAUCGAUCUUGCAGAUUCUUGUGGCUAUCCGAUUGCUGUUAUGCCGUCGGGAAAGGGAUUGGUUCCAGAGCACCAUCCUCACUUCAUCGGGACAUACUGGGGUGCAGUGAGCUCCAGCUUCUGCGGGGAGAUAGUAGAAUCUGCUGAUGCAUAUAUGUUUGUUGGACCCAUUUUUAAUGACUACAGCUCCGUUGGGUAUUCAUUGCUGAUCAAGAAGGAGAAAUCCGUGAUCGUGCAGCCAAAUCGUGUGACUAUCGGCAAUGGCCCUUCGUUUGGUUGGGUAUUCAUGAAAGAUUUCCUCGCUGCAUUGGCGAAAAAGCUGAAGAAGAACAGCACAGCUAUGGAGAAUUACCGAAGGAUAUAUGUUCCUUGCGGUGUUGCUUUGAAGCGCGAAAAUGAAGAGCCACUCAGAGUGAACAUUCUCUUCAAGCACAUUCAGGAAAUGCUGUGUGGUAACACUGCAGUGAUUGCUGAAACUGGAGAUUCAUGGUUCAAUUGUCAGAAGCUUCGCCUCCCGGAAAACUGCGGCUAUGAAUUCCAAAUGCAGUAUGGAUCCAUCGGGUGGUCCGUCGGCGCAACUCUUGGUUAUGCUCAGGCUGUGAAGGACAAGCGCGUCAUCGCCUGCAUUGGAGAUGGAAGUUUCCAGGUUACAGCUCAAGAUGUUUCUACUAUGAUAAGAUGCGGACAGAGGAGCAUAAUAUUCCUGAUCAACAAUGGAGGGUACACGAUCGAAGUAGAGAUUCACGACGGUCCAUACAAUGUAAUCAAGAAUUGGGACUACACAGGUCUUGUGGACGCCAUCAACAACGGACAAGGCAAAUGCUGGACAGCCAAGGUGAAGACAGAAGAUGAACUGGUGGAAGCAAUAGCAACAGCAACUGGCCCAGAAAAAGAGUCACUGUGUUUCAUCGAAGUUUUUGUUCACAAGGAUGACACCAGCAAAGAAUUGCUGGAAUGGGGCUCCCGCGUCUCUUCUGCUAAUAGUCGACCCCCAAAUCCGCAAUAGGGGUCCUGUUUUCAAGCUUCUGCAGAAAUAAAAGAUUUGGUUCCACUGUUUGUUUCCUACCUUACUGUAAUUAGAUUGUCUUGUAGAAGACAGAUAUGUCAAGUUUGAGGAAAAGAAAUAAAAAUCGUGUCGUGUGGCGUGGAAA